AUGGACAGCAGACACUGCAAGGCUGCACUGCACCCUGCCAACACGCCGCGCCGAGCUUCCUGCUGCACUGCACCCUGCCAACACGCCGCGCCGAGCUUCCUGCUGCCGCACUGCACCCUGCCAACACGCCGCGCCGAGCUUCCUGCUGCCGCACUGCACCCUGCCAACACGCCGCGCCGAGCUUCCUGCUGCCGCACUGCACCCUGCCAACACGCCGCGCCGAGCUUCCUGCUGCCGCACUGCACCCUGCCAACACGCCGCGCCGAGCUUCCUGCUGCCGCACUGCGCUGCACCCUGCCAACACGCCGCGCCGAGCUUCCUGCUGCCGCACUGCACUGCACCCUGCCAACACGCCGCGCCGGGCUUCCUGCCGCACUGCACCCUGCCAACACGCCGCGCCGAGCUUCCUGCUGCCGCACUGCACCCUGCCAACACGCCGCGCCGAGCUUCCUGCCGCCGCACUGCACCCUGCCAACACGCCGCGCCGAGCUUCCUGCCGCCGCACUGCACCCUGCCAACACGCCGCGCCGGGCUUCCUGCUGCCGCACUGCACCCUGCCAACACGCCGCGCCGAGCUUCCUGCCGCACUGCACCCUGCCAACACGCCGCGCCGAGCUUCCUGCUGCCGCACUGCACCCUGCCAACACGCCGCGCCGAGCUUCCUGCCGCACUGCACCCUGCCAACACGCCGCGCCGGGCUUCCUGCCGCACUGCACCCUGCCAACACGCCACGCCGAGCUUCCUGCCGCACUGCACCCUGCCAACACGCCGCGCCGAGCUUCCUGCUGCCGCACUGCACCCUGCCAACACGCCGCGCCGAGCUUCCUGCUGCCGCACUGCACCCUGCCAACACGCCGCGCCGGGCUUCCUGCUGCACCCUGCCAACACGCCGCACCGGGCUUCCUGCUGCCGCACUGCACUGCACCCUGCCAACACGCCGCGCCGGGCUUCCUGCUGCCGCACUGCACUGCACCCUGCCAACACGCCGCGCCGAGCUUCCUAACAUCUGAGGUGGCAUUUUGGUCCCGCAGCCUGCACCCUCGGCCCUCUAAUUCCCAUUCCGAGCGCGCUCAGUGCGCGGCGAAGAACCUUUCCUGA